UUUUGACAGGGGGCAGGCAGCGGGAGAGGAGAGGAUGCGGAGAGAGGCUGAAGGAUGCCCCCAAUAAUGUCAGCGGCGUGUUCCCUCUCCCGCAGAUCAUGAUAAACAGCUCCGGGCCGCUCGCCCGCAGGAUGCCGUCGGCGACUCGACGCAGCAGCUGCUGGAUCGCCUGGUGUCAGGCGGGGCUGUUCGGCGUGUCGGCUCUGGUGAUCGCGGCCGAACGGAUCGCUCUGAUCUACUGUUUAGGGUUCUAUCUGUGGAAUGAAGAGACGCAGUGGGCUGGCCUCACUCUGGGACUCUUCCUGCCGGGCACAGCGGUGCAGCUCUUAAGCGUGAAGUGGUACUACGAUGACGGCGACGACAGACGGUGUUACCUCUCAGUCAUACACAUCCUGCACUUGGGUAUCUUCAAAAGGUUAUGGGACUGCAUGAAGUCCGUGUUGAAGUCCCAGGGCUCGGUGGCCGAGCUGGGUGCAGCUGUCAUGCAGCAGGCAGAUGUUGCUGCCCUUUGGCUGCUGGAAGCGCUCAUCCUCACGCUGCCUCAGAGCCUGUUACAAGCAUAUGUCGUGGUGUCUACAGACGUGGGCAUCGAUUCUCCAGUGGCCUAUUGUUGUGGUCUUUGUGUGCUUUCCAUAUCCUGGGCUUUGGUUCUGUACAGCCGAGCUUGCUGCCUGAUCCGACCGGGCCAUCUUGCCAUGCCUCCGGCCGCGCUGCUGUGCCAGCUGGUGUGGCGUGCCGGGAUGCUUGGGGCCAGAGUGACCUGCCUCAUGUUCUUCGCCAGGGUUUUCAACUGGUGGGUCUGCGGAGUCGUAGGUUUCCAUUGGCUGACCGCCUCCUUCUGGCUGGUGUCCCAGCAACCUGACAUCUGCACCGGACCCUGGUGUUGGCGAGCGUUCAACGGCCUCAUGGGUCUAGUCCACGUCUUCCUCUUUCUAAACGUCAAGGAUGGACCGUCGCGGUUCCGCAUGGCCAGCUUUUAUGCGUUUAUGUUCAUCGAGAACGCCACGCUGCUGCUGGCAGCCUCUGACUUCCUCAGCGAAGUGUCCCGGGACAACCUGACAUUGCCCGCGACUGUGCUGUGUAGCUUUCUAGCUGGCGUCUCCUCGCUUGUCCUCUACUACCGGUUCCUACACCCCAAGUCAACGGAGAUAGCCCAAGGCUCCAAUCACCACCACAUGAGCAGCACCUGCAUAGAACAAGGAGAGUCCUCUUUCUCUUUGGGAGACAAAAGCUUGCCGGCCCCUUCCAUACAAAACCAUGGCAGCCUCUCCUUAUCGGGUGUUGCCGGUUCGCUUCUGGAGCACUCCGGUACAUGUAGAGGUCGCCCCAACAGCGCAUGCCCUUGCUACCACCACCACUGGCUCCUGAUACGGUUGGCAAUGAAAACGGGUGACUUGGGGAAGAUCAACAGAGCGUAUGGGGCAGGAGGUGCGGCGACAAUACUGGACUUGGAGGAGUACAACCCAGAGUUUAAGAGUCACGAAGGACUAACCAUCACAGCGGGAGGCAGCUGCGAGGGCAUAUCCAUCUCUGAGUCACAGGGGAACGGCAUUGUGCCACUUUCAGACUGCAAAGAUGAGUUCCAGACGGUGAGUGAGCCUUCAUCAUUUGAAAAAGCAGAGGACGACAGCCUCGAGAUGGAGAGCCCGCUGGAGUCCCCUGUGUCGGACUUCAAGCGCAGUUCACCGGAGGGCAAAUCUGUCUUCGGAGACAGUCCAGAACCAUACUUUUGCCCCACAGAGUCCAGUUCUACGCUCUACUUCAGCGCUGAUCCUCAGUCUCCGAGCAGCGCCAGCAACCCCCGUCUGGACAGGGACAUGGGGGGACUGGAGCAGGGCGUGUGUCUCAACUCUGUUCCGAGUGAUCCGGCCCUGCACAGAGAUGUCCGCGGACUUAUGGGACGAGUUGGACCCCGAUGCACCUCCACCCCCAGACUUGACUCUGGUGUGCUUGACUCGCCCUCCAGCGUGCCCCACCUCACAGGCCCCAGGAGGCAGCUAAUAAUGUCCCGACGAGAUGAGGAUGAUAGUUUUUAACACGACCGAAUCCGGGAAGGAGAUUAUCGGCGCGGAUCUUAAUUGAAGGGGAUUUUGGAGGACUUAAUUUUCAGCUGCUGGAUGUUAGAUGUAAGAUGGAAGCCUGUCACAUACUUCACCACUGUACGUCUAUAUUUAGCUCACUCUUGGACGGUGUAUAUGCAACAGAUUUGGCGAGAGCGUCCAGAUAUCCUGUACCCAUGAUUAUCAUUAUUCCGAGAGCAAUAUUCUUGCUAUUUUUAAGCAAGUUUAUUUCCCAUCCAACACCAGGCUAAAAUGCUAAUUCGUGCAAACGGCGCUCAUAUUCCACAGUCUACAUUGGCUCAUCCAGUUGCCUCAGAUUUUCGAUUUAAUGAGCUUUAUAUACCUUGAAGGUGUUAAAAUAAGACUAAAGUUGUACUUGUUAUUGAUAAGAAUGAAGCUAUACAGGAGUGUCUUGUCAUGUCUUCAUUUUAGGUGCAGUUCACCACUUGUCGAACUUUUAAAAGCACAAGUUUCUUCUAUGCUGUAUGCUGUAUUGCUGUGAUAUUUUCUAUUAUUGCUGUUAAACAAGCUCCUCGGAGAAUAACAAGCUGUAUUUUUUGUUAUACAUAAGAGUGCGGCUUCAAUAUCGACUUCCAAAAAAAAGUGUGCUUUUCAAUAUCAUUCAUAUAAUCAACAAAUGCCCAUGGGAUAUUUGUGAUAACUUUUUUAUGUGUUGAUUUUUUUUUUUUUAAAGGAACACAUCUUUUUUGUGUUUUCUGGUUUAAAAGCGAUGAUUUUCACAAACUUAUGAGUGACUUAACGCUAAGUUUAUACCAUGAUUGUCAGCUGUGACUUUUGAACUGUGAAGUGAAGGCCACUGGUGGCUUUAAAUAAGCAAUA